AGUGUAUAUGAAAGAAAAGGGAAAUAAGUAUAAGCACGUGUAUUUCUGUACUACCGAAGUGUUAUUUUCAAACAAUAUAAAUAUUAAAAUGAUAGAUUGUAAUUAAAAAGAGUUUAUUUAAAAAAUGUCAACGAUGAUUAAACAAGUUAUUUCCAAUAGGAUAUUUUUACAAUUAUCAAGUUUAUGUCGUUUUAAUCGUAUCGACAAAUUUUCUCACAAUAUUCCAAAUGAUCAAGAUAAUAUUUUAAAUAAAAGAACAACAAUUGAUGAAAAAACAUCAGACGAUGAAUUAAAUAAUACUUCUAACGAGCAAGAACUUAAGCGUCUUCUUAAAGAAGCUGCCACUUACAAUGAUGUUAAAGAUACAAAUUGGACUACAACUCCUUAUCCUGCUAAUGCACCAACCUCUGUGGAAGAAGAUAAAAUAGAGGUACCUAAAAUUAACCCACAGGAAAGAACAAUAAUACUUUUUCCUGGACAAGGGACUCUUAAAGUUGGCGCGGUUGCAAAAUAUUUGCAUUAUCCUGCUGCAAAAGAAUUAUUUGAAAUAGCUAAUGAAAUUUUAGGAUAUAAUCUAUUGAAGAUAUGUUUAAAAGGUCCUCAAGAAAAAUUAGAUCAAACAAGGUUUAAUCAACCAGCUACGGUUGUUUCAUCGUUGGCUGCGUUAGAAAAAAUACGCGAAGACAGGCCAAAAGUAUUUGAAACUUGUGCGAGUGUUGCUGGGUAUAGUGUUGGCGAAUUGAGUGCACUGAUUUUUUCAGGAGCUAUCUCUGUUGAAGAUGGUAUCAGAUUGGUGGCAGUUAGGGGUCAGAUGAUGCAAGUUGCAUCCGACAAAGUACGUCAAGGAAUGUUAUCCGUUUAUUGUUCUCCUGAAGCCAAAUUAUCUAAGAUAUUACAAGAUGCUGUUUCUUGGGCUGUAGAUUUGGGUGUGCCUAAUCCUGUAUGCAAAGUAUCUGUUUAUUUAUAUACUCAGAGUAAAAUAAUAGCUGGAAAUGAAGAAGCAUUGCAAUAUAUAGAAAAGAAUGGCACGGCUAUGGGUUUAAAAAGAAUGAAGAGGCUUCCAGUUUCAGGAGCUUUUCAUACACCGCUUAUGCAACCAGCCUUACAAAAAUUUUUUGAAGCACUGGAUACGGUAACGAUAGAAGAACCAAGAACUGAGGUAUAUUCUAAUUAUACUGGGCUUCCUUAUAGACAUUUACGAAGUAUUAAAGGAUUGUUAUUGAAACAAAUUGUAUCACCGGUAAAAUGGGAACAAUGUAUACAAAGAAUAUAUAAGAGACCAGAAGGAGAAUUAUUUCCAAGAACAUUUGAUGUUUGCUCUAGUGGAAGAAUGAGAACUAUUUUGAAAUUAAUUAAUUCAAAAGCAGCUAUUUCUUGUAUAGUAAUUUAAUAAAAUAUUGCUUAUUUAUAAGAAUAUAAACGUUUGCUAAUAAAUUAAGUUUAAUGAUAUUUAUUAAAUAACAAUACUGACAAAAUGUUAUAUGUAUAUGAAUAAAUUUCUUUUUCUUUUAUAAUG